AGAACACAGUGCCUGGGAUGCCGAGAUGGCUUAAGCCACAAAUCGCAGACGUCGACUCUUCACAGCCCGCGUUCACCGUCGCGAACGGAGUCACGCUUCUCCCCACCGUCAACAUCACGAGACAACUGGCCGUGUCAGAUACAGUGUGUUGAGCUCGUCCAAGCCCUCGUGGGCCGAUUGACUGACCGUCGAACUUCCUGGCGAACAUGGCAAGGCCGCGGGGCCAGUCCACGGGCGAGGGGAUGCGGACGCCGCACAGCGUGAGCCUGAAGGUGUUGAGGCUGUCGAGACCGAGCUUGCAAUACCAGUACACGCUCCCUGCGGUUGACGAUGAUGGCGAGAGCAUACGGAUAGAUCCCAAAGCGUCUCUUUCCUACGCGGCCGAUAAUGCGGCGGAUUCUUUCGUCAUCUCGCCAGUCCUCACGCUGCCGGAGUCCUUCAGGUCUGCAUAUGUGGGCGAGGAGUUUGCGUGCACAUUGUGUGCCAACAACGAACUGCUCCCGGACGAUGCAAGCAAGAGUAUAAGCGCAGUCAAAAUCCUGGCCGAAAUGCAGCUACCCAUGGGUGAGACUGUAACGCUUGACAUGGAGGAUGGAGAAGCAGGCGCUGGUGACACGGAACCCUCAAAGGCGGGGGACACAAUACAAAAGAUUGUGCGAUUAAACUUGAGCGAGCCCGGACAGCACGUCCUCGGAGUGACAGUCACGUAUACGGAAACACAGCAUGCUCCUGGAGGCGGGGGAGCCCAUGGCGCGAGAGUAAGGACGUUCAGGAAACUGUACCAGUUUAUUGCGCAACCUUUGAUCAACGUGAAGACCAAGACGGGGGAUCUCCCUGCUACAAAGGCGGGCAAGGCGCGGUACGCACUCGAGGCACAGCUGCAGAAUCUUGCGGACCGAACCGUCUGUCUUGAAGCAGUCAGCGUCGACCCGAAGGAGCCCUUCAAAUGGCGCUCGCUGAAUUGGGAUGCCUUCAGCCCGACCAAUGCGCCAGCACACGCCCCUAUUCUGAAUCCGAAUGACACUUUACAAGUCGCAUUUCUGCUCGAAGAGACGGCGGGCUCGAAACCAGCGCAGCUCGACGGUACGGACGACAAGGUGAUACUCGGCCAGCUGAACAUCCAGUGGCGGAGCGCGAUGGGGGACCGAGGAUCCCUCAGAACAAGCUGGCUGACGGGUCGACGGCGAGCACUGAAAUGAAAUGAGAGAAGAUCAAGUAACGUGAAGCGAAGCGAAGUGCAGAUCCAAGCUACGAAUGCUUACAGUUCGCUGGCCCGGGACGUUGUCUCGGUUGGAGAAUGCAAAGAGAUUGUCUCUCUCAAUUUCCCGGCGGGCGUGCGCGUGCAUCGUCAAUUCGGUAUAAGGAGACUGAGAUCUGCAGCUCUCGUCUCACAAGGAUGCAUGUUCACUAAACGACGUGGGACCUCGAUAAUUAGGAAGUUCUGCCCUCUGGAGAGACCAGAUUCAUCAUGAGGAAAGAUUAUUGUAGACGUCACAGACACGCUUUGUCCUCAGAUGCUGAUCUUUGCCCUCUCGAUUCGCGGCAUGAAUCAUUGGAGGGGCGUCAGUCGCGGAAGCAAGAUGAACUAGGCUUAUUGGGUAUACGUACACACCAAGCCCGUUGUCACCUUCCCUGCGAAAAUGAAAAUGCGAUGUUCGGCUUCACGUUGUCCUUGCCUGAAACUCCUCUGCGCCGUCGCAGGCGAUGGAGCGAAGGGCCAAACGAGCACAGGAAGCCAACCCAGCCCGAGAAAUGGCCAAUCCGAGCUCGCGCCGGGAUAUAUGAUACUUGUGGCGGGUCGAUCCUGACGGACUGAACGUUCGUGCGGCAGGCGGCAAGUCCUUUUUUAGCCGGGAAACAAAGGCUGUGGAGCAGUGGACCAAGCGUGAACACGCUCCACCUUCAAAGGAUUACAAAAACGAUGGUCAGCCGAAUAUUUUGGUGGGUAAGCGACGGGUUGCGCUCAUGCGCGGCUUUUGCUUUCGUGCCAAACUGUGUAGGGCUACCCCGUUCCUGCUAUCACAAAUAGAAGCACAGCAUGGAGUGUUCCCCCACGAAUGUACGGAGGUAGACGAAGCCAAAUUUUUUCCUAAAAAUAAAAAUUCCAGGCACGAUUCUGUUUUGUUUUCUAUCCCAUUAUAAUGAUUAUGCG